AUGGAAGUCGGAUGGAGUUUCCUUUGGAAUAUUACAGAUGAAACACCAGUGAAUUGUGUACGAUUCUUGGAUGCAGACGGUCUUCACCUAUUCCAUCAGUGUUAUCAACAAUUUCAAAAUGAAACUGAAUUAGUGCGGAAUAUGAUGGGAUUAAUUGGGAAUAUUGCUGAAGUUGAACAGUUACGAUCGCAGCUCAUGAAUGACGCAUACAUCAAUAUAUUCUGUGCAUUGUUGGGCAUGCUUGUCGAUGGUAUUGAGAUAAGUUAUAACAGCGCCGGUGUUUUGGCGCACAUGGUGAGUGAUGGGCAAGCUGCGUGGAAGUGCGUCUCUGUGUCUCGCGAUGUUGUCAUGCAGAAGAUCAUCAAGGCAACCGAAAGUUGGGAUUUAGAGGCACGUCGUUUCAUAAAUUAUCGUUCGUUCAAGCCAAUUCUACGUCUAAUACCAAUGUUCGACGCUCAAGCAAGUCAACACUGGGCCAUUUGGGCACUAGCGAAUCUAACUUCAACUGAUCGUGACAAAUAUUGUGCGUACGUACGAAACGAAGGUGGAGUGCCUUUACUGGAACUGGUCGCCAACGAUGCUCGAUCCUCUGCACGUAUGCGUAAAUUAGCGAAUAUUGUCCUCAGAAAUAUCAAUGACUGGGAGCAUGAAAUUCGUCCAUCUACAUCGAAUCCACAGGCAAUUUAA